GACAAAUCAGUGCUACCAACAUAAACUUUGACGUUUGGCGUUUUCACAUCCUUUUUCUGUGAUUGGCAACAUGGUUGUAUUAUAGCCAGGUCACCGAUAUACUAAAGUGUACAUAAAUUCUAAUAAAUCUUCUGUUAGCCUCAAUAUUAUAAACGAAAUCAGAUAGGAGAAAAAUGGAGCAAAUAUUUAGCAUGUGGAAAAUGCGAGAAAUCGCCGAUAAAGUGACCAAUGUUGUUAUGAACUACACAGAAAUCGAAGCAAAAGUUAGGGAGGCAACCAACGAUGAAGCCUGGGGACCCACUGGACAAAUUAUGCAAGAAUUAGCUCACUCCACGUUUACAUACGAACAUUUUCCCGAAGUUAUGUCCAUGCUGUGGAAAAGAAUGCUUCAAGACAAUAAGCAACAUUGGAGACGAACCUACAAGUCUUUACUAGUUUUAAAUUACCUAAUAAAAAACGGAUCGGAAAGGGUUGUGACCUCAGCAAGAGAACAUAUCUACGACUUGAGAUCUUUGGAGAACUAUUCAUACACUGAUGAGGUGGGAAAAGACCAAGGAGUCAACAUUAGACACAAGGUGAAAGAAUUAAUAGACUUUAUACAGGAUGAUGAUCGAUUGAGGGAGGAGCGGAAAAAAGCCAAAAAGAAUAAGGAUAAAUAUAUUGGAAUGAGUUCUGAUAUGAUGGGCAUGAGAUCAGGUGGUCACGGCGGCGGCUGGGACGACAGACCGCCGAUGUCGAACAGAGACCGCGGCGAUCGCGACUACGCAGACCAACACGACUGGGACGACUCGAACAACUCCAACAACUCAAACAACGCCAACCAAUACAGGGACCGAUCGUUCGACGAGGACUACGAGUACGAGAAGGGAGAGAGCGAUACCGACUCUAAAAGCAACUAUUCCACCACGCAGAGCCACAUCAAGACCGACUUCCCGCAAGAAAAGAGGGUCAACAUCAACUUGAACACCUCCAUCAACACCUCGCCGAAAAAACAGGGCAAACCUUUAAAAAAAGUGGAUUUGGGGGCUGCAGCUAACUUCGGGCGAAUGUCCACUCAAAGCCCCGUUCAACAGAGCAACCUGUUGAACGACGACUUCGAUCCUAGAGCCGGGGAAGCACCGCGGAAAUCCAACGAGUUCGGCGAUUUCGAGAACGCCUUCAAAGAGCCGCCGACGAAAAGCGACGACGACUUCGCCGAUUUUUCGUCGGCCUUCGCUCAAAGCAACCACGCGACGGUUUCGGCGCCCCCUCAAGCCCCUCAAGCGCCCAGCGACGAUUUGUUGGGCCUGGGCGGCCUGGCAAGCUUGGGCAUUCAGCCCCAGCAGCAGCAACCGACGUUUGGGGGCUCUGCUUUGAACAACAAUCAGGGGCUUUUAAAUCAGGCGCCUGCCACUGACUUGUUGGACGGAUUUUCAGGUUCAGUAUUAUCGCCCUUGUCCAUGCUUCAACCAAUGUCUUCCACGCCAAAUAACAAUACAGAGAGGACGUCAGUAAGUAAACCGGUUCCGGUGGGUUCGACGUGGACAAACUCCGGCAACUUGAACAUAGACUUAGACAAUUUGUUAGUGAGUAAGCCUAAAACCGGCCCAUCGCCCAGCAUGAACCAGUUAGCCAGCAACCCGACCUCACCUGUGAACCAGGCGAGACCCAUGGCGACUCAAACCUUCCCUCAGCAGCAAAACUUCUUUGCCGAUUUCAAAUGAUACCUUUAGUUUAGCGAUACGAGAUUUUAAUCGUACAAAACAAAGGCAGCUCCGUGUAAAUACUAAAAUACGGGAAUCUAAUUCGGGAGUUGCUUUUGCCGUACUUUUUACUACUAACAGACAAGAUGUGUAAAGCAAUAUUCUAAACAAAACGUAAUAAUUUAUACCUAAAUUCAAUUGGAGAUUUAAUUUUCAGUCAGAAAAUCCAAAGAUGUAUAAUAUAGUAGGUCCAACCUGACAAGUUAUUAAUUUUGCACAUAUAAUUGUUAAAAUCGUGAAAUAAUGCUCAUAGAUUUGGGUGCUGGGUUAUUAAUUAUAUUAUUGUUUAUCUAGAUUAAUUAUUAUUUACAUUAUUUAUAUUUUAGGUUUAUUAUGUAUGUACAGGGGAAGGUUUUGGUUAUGUAUACUAAAUUUAUGUAAAUUGUUGCUUAUAUAACAUAAUAAAGCAAUAUUGUUGUUUUUUACAAAAUAAUAAAACCUUAAAUUACUGUUUUUAUUUAUUCAAUUUGUUUACAAUAAAUUAGCCAUACAUAUAAUAAUAAGUAUAUUUCGAACCAUUGUGCCUUAAGUAUUAUAAAGUGUGAAAUUAAAAUCAGGUGUAUUGUUGUGAUUUUUGUUUUAUUGUUAACGUACAUUCCAUUGCUCAUUUUAUUUAAAAACAUGUAAUAUAAUAGAUAAAAAUAAAAAAAAUAAUUUA